AUGGCUAAUACGAGUCUGUUAACCUUCGGCUUAACACCGGAUCCAAGCUUCAAUGUUUUCUUCUUCCUUGAACUCGUCGUUUCCUGCAUAUUAGUACUGUUCUUCUUGCUUUACUUUAAUCGUCUCUUUGCAACCCUCCUCUCGUACGGAAUCCGCGCCUACACAUGGCAUUAUUAUCGCGCAUAUGUCGACAUCAAUGCACUUCAGAUUUCUUUGCUUGGGGGACGGAUCUUCUUUAAGGGUGUCCGAUACCACGGUGUGAAUGAGACAAUAUUUGUUCACGGGGGCUUUAUAACAUGGCGUUAUUGGAGGCGAUCAGUUAGGAGGACAUCUCUGUACGACCUGAAACCCAAUGCAUACGAAACGAGGGAUGAUGUGCGAUCAGUCGGGGAUGGGGAUAAUGAUGGUGCCGGAGACGGUGGGAUGAAGGAACAAGGAGGAUUGAAGGGCACAGAUUCCCUUCCUUGCCGCAUUACCGUCAAAUUUUACGGGCUUGAGUGGUUCAUAUACAAUAGGACACCGGCCUAUGACGGUAUCCUGGCAGGCUUUACCCCCACAGGACAUCCAACGACCUGUACUAAGCCACAGUACCCUGGCAGCAGCUCUUUGGAUGCCGAGCUCAAAGAUAAUUCAACUAGGAACUUAUCUGUCACCGACUCUGCACCUCCGAGAUCUCCUCAAGCAGGUAAUACUCCAGGACGUAGUAGAACUGGCGGGGAAACAAUUGGUUCUCAUAUUGUUGAAGGAUCCAGCCAAGAAGUGGGUGAUGGGCUUUCGAGGCUGCUUCGACUUCUGCCAGUGAGGCUAGUGUGUGACAAAGGGGCUAUCGUGAUUGGCAAUGAAAAUACCAGGUCCGUUCUGACAACAACCUUUGACGGCGCUACUGGAUUAGUCGAAGUAUGCAAUGCUGGGCCACUUGAUCUUUAUCGGCAAUCAUUCUCCUUUGAAUACACCCACCCUGUUGUUCAGAUGCGCCCAAACCCAGACUUCAAACAGAACCAGCUUUCUGCAGCGAAGGGACUAAGUUCCACACGAAAAGACCAACCCGGGACAAAGCGCAAAAGGGAUACGAUUUUCAACUAUCAUUUCCAAAAGCGCAGAGUAUGGCAUAGUAUUCGUGACCUUAUUCCAUACUUUCAGACAUCUGUGGAAUCCUUUCAUGUAUCCGAAAAGCACGAAGACGCGGGACCGAGAGCCCAAGGGGAUGCUCGCCAUGAUGUCCGGUGGGUUGGUCUUUCUCGAUACUUGGAUGACACCAACCAGGAUGAUCACGAAGAAUGGAAUUCUGUGGAAUAUGCCAGGUUUUCUACAGUCUUGGAUAGCCCUAGUAUGACUAUAACAUAUUAUUGGGACAUCCCUGGGUGUGUCAAGUCCCAAGGAUUGCCGCAGGAAUACCCUCCCCGAGAAGGAACCCCGGAUAUCAAUGGCGCGCCACCCCCAGAAUGGGGCAUUGACGUGAAGAUCGAAGGAGGCAGUAUUAAUUACGGGCCGUGGGCUGAUCGCGAACGGGUUGGCUUGCAAAACAUCUUCUUUCCCAAUUCCUACCGAAACUCCCAACCGGCGGAGCUUUAA